AUGAUACCUGACGGUGAGCACUCUGUUGUGGGAAAUUAUAUAAAUGCCAGCUACAUAGGAGCCUGUAACAUGAACGAGGAGGGUGAAGUUCUGAAUCAAGAAUCCGUAGCGGAUCCUAAAUUUAUCAUCACUCAAGAUCCAUUGGAAAACACAAUAGGCGACUUUUGGAAAAUGAUUUAUGAGCAAAGGUCUCCCAUGAUAAUCAAUCUCACUGGAGCUGUGACGGAAAAUGAAUUCGAAGUCUUUUGGCCUCCAGAAGUAGGGCAAAAGGCAGUUUACUCCACAUGCGGAGGCCGAAUGUGGGUUCAACUCGUCCACGAGGCCCAAAAACCCGUUUGGCUGGAGAGAAGUAUAAAAAUAUGGCCUGAAGGAUACGAACAUUUGUGUAUGUUCGUGAGGCAAAUGCAGUAUAUGGGAUGGGCCAUCAAUUAUCCACCGGCAACUUCAAAUCUCCUCAAGUUUAUCGAUGACGUUGCGAAUCCUGUUGUUCCCGUCGCAACCACUGCAGGCCCGAUUACAGUUCAAUGCAGGUUAGGCAAAGUUCCUUCACUACUUGCUUUCUACAAAUUGGGCGGAAUAGGACGAAAUGGUUUCUUCGUGACUGCGUGGAUUCUAAAGCAGAAUAUUGAGUUGGGAAUGAAAGCGGUGGAUAUUUACCGCAUCAUCAGCCACUUAAGACGAUAUAGACUUGGAUUCGUCAAUUCAAUCAUUAUCUUUCAAAUGACAUUAAAAUUAUCAUAG